GGCAUUGUGGGGCGGAGGCGGCCUUUCUCUCUGCGUCCACAGGCGGUCGGGAAAUCUUCAAGUAAAUAACGUUAACGGGGGGAGGAGCAGUCCGAGGGCAGCCUGCGAAAAACCCAACACAUUUAAACUGUGUUGCGCUGAGCUUAAAUUAUUAAAAAUCUGAUAUUAGAGAAAUAUGGGGCAGGAGGAUCUCAUGAACACAGCCGAAGACGUGGCGGACCAGUUCCUGCGGGUAACCAAACAGUACCUGCCCCACCUGGCACGUCUGUGUCUCAUCAGCACCUUCCUGGAAGACGGCAUCCGCAUGUGGUUCCAGUGGAACGAACAGAGAGACUACAUCGAGGCUACGUGGAGCUGUGGCUACUUCCUGGCGACAUGCUUUGUGCUGCUUAACCUCAUAGGACAGCUGGGUGGUUGUGUCCUCAUCCUCAGUAGAAAUUUUGUACAGUAUGCCUGCUUUGGACUAUUUGGCAUCAUAGCGCUACAGACUGUUGCAUACAGCAUUUUAUGGGACCUCAAAUUUUUGAUGAGAAACCUUGCCCUCGGAGGUGGUCUGCUCCUGCUGUUGGCCGAGUCUCGUUCGGAAGGAAAGAGCAUGUUUGCCGGAGUCCCCUCCAUGGGAGAGAGUUCGCCAAAGCAGUACAUGCAGCUGGGUGGUCGAGUACUGCUAGUGCUGAUGUUCAUGACUCUGCUGCACUUUGACUCCAACUUCUUCUCUAUCCUGCAGAACAUGGUUGGAACUGCGCUCAUCAUACUGGUGGCCAUCGGCUUCAAAACCAAGUUAGCGGCACUGACCCUCGUCGUGUGGCUUCUGGCCAUCAACGUCUACUUCAACGCUUUCUGGACCGUCCCUGCCUACAAACCCAUGCAUGACUUCCUGAAGUACGACUUCUUCCAGACCACCUCCGUCAUCGGUGGUCUGCUGUUGGUGGUGGCACUCGGACCCGGCGGAGUGUCCAUGGAUGAGAAAAAGAAGGAGUGGUAGGCAAACGGGGUACAGAUAGAGGAUUGCACAGCACCACUAACUCCCCCCACCAACCGGGACACAUGACCCUCCCUCUCUUCCAGUCCCCACCAGGGUACAGUGUUUUGUUUUGUUCUUGUUUUUUUCUAGCUUAUUUUUUAUUUGGCCAACAGACACACACCACCUCGCCCAUCUAUGGACAAUUUUUUUCUAUAUUCCUCCAAACUGCUGUUUUUCGUUUUUAGUUGAACAUAUAUAUAUAAUGCCUGAUUUUUUUUCUAAACUCUUCUUGUAUGUCGUCUUUUUCGAAGACAGCAAGAAUAAAAAAGCCCAGUGUAUUUCAAAGUGCAAGGUAAACAACUAAUGGAUGAUAAAUGGAAGAAAAGAUUUAUUUGUUCUGUGUGCACAAGGAAUAAAAAGAUAUAUUUUACAGGA